AUGGACAGGUGGUACCUGGGUGGCGACCCCAAAGGGGACGUGGACCCAUUCUACUACGACUACGAGACCGUCCGCAAUGGAGGCCUGAUCUUUGCUGCCCUGGCCUUUGUCGUGGGGCUCAUCAUCAUCCUCAGCAAAAGACUCCGCUGUGGGGGCAGAAAGAAACACCGGCAAGUCAACGAAGAUGAGCUGUAA